AUGAAGGGGAGUCAUCUUCUUGGACUGCAGGUGGGCUUGUUGGUGAUUGCGGGGGCUACGACGGCUAUCGGCCAACCCGCAACUACCUCCAAGACAACAACAACAACAACAACAACACCCCUACUCACCACCCUCUUCAAUGCCGCAUCUAACAACGAGAACAAUGCAAUCAUAUCAGACAUUGCGGCACUCCUUCAGCAGACAUACUCUACGACUGCCCCAUCCUCUGUCGAGUCAGCGUUAUCAGCUCUUCAAAGACAGUUAUCCAAUGGAGCACCCAGUAUCGAGGAUGCGGCUCACGGCAUCACAAAAGCAGGCCUGAUACCACCCGACAUAUUUAAACCUAUAUACCCAACCAAAGCACCCGGGGAUGCGUCAUACUCAUUGAGUGAAGAGACCCUCCGCUCCGCCAUCCACAUCCCCCAAUCAUUCGAAUACGGACAAAACAACAAAACCCCCAUAAUCCUAGUCCCAGGAACCGCAAUCCCGGCAGGGACAACCUUCACCUUCAACUUCGGCAAACUAGGAACCUCACACGCAGUAGACCCAGUCUGGCUAAACCUCCCAUCAGCAUCUCUCUCCGACGCCCAAGUCAACGCCGAAUUCGUCGCCUACGCAAUAAACUACAUCUCGACCAAGUCCAACCAACCGAUUCCAAUCCUCACCUGGUCCCAAGGCGGCCUAAACACACAAUGGGCACUCAAAUUCUGGCCAUCAACCCGAUCAAAGGUGUCAGAUUUCAUCGCCAUAAGUCCAGACUUCCACGGCACCGUAAUUCGCACCCUAGUCUGUCCAGCCCUUUCACUACUAGUCUGCACCCCAUCCCUCUGGCAACAGGGCUAUAACACCUCGUUCAUACGUACCCUACGCGCCAACGACGGCGACUCAGCCUACGUCCCUACAACAAUCAUCUACUCGACCGUCGACGAGAUCGUCCAGCCACAAUCCGGCCCGUUUGCAUCGGCUUUACUCAGCGACGUACGUGGCGUCGGCGUCACGACUGCGCAUCUUCAAACUGUUUGUGCGGGUCGGGUCGGUGGUGGGUUUUAUACGCAUGAGGGGGUGUUGUAUAAUCCUCUUGCGUGGGUGUUGGCUCUGGAUGCCAUUGCGCAUGAUGGGCCCGCGGAUUUGGAUCGGAUCGAUCGUGAUGGUGUUUGUGGGCAGAUGGUGGCGCCGGAAUUGGAUUUGUCGGAUUUAUUGGGGACGGAGGCGUUGUUGGUUGUUGCUGUGUUGGAGUUGGCGUUGUAUACGCCACAUACGAUUGCGGAGCCGCCUAUUAUGGACUACGCGUCUUCUUAA